UCAAUUGCGCAUGCGUAAUAUUUUGCGGGUAAAUGGUGAAAACGAAAAGUUGUUUCCCUUGGUGUAAAAAAUUAACCAUUUGAAAGGAGUUACAGUGAAGUGCAAAAUGUCUACAGAAGAAAGCUCUGGGACGAAGACUUCCGAUGGAGGGACAGAUGCGAAACCACUGUCGUCAAACACAACCACCAGCGCUCCAUCAUCCACAACCUUGACCUCCACACCUAGCUCUAAGACACCCUCCCAACCCUUGAAACCCAACUACACAUUGAAGUUCACAUUGGCAGGUCAUACUAAGGCCGUGUCAUCAGUGAAGUUCAGUCCUAAUGGAGAGUGGCUUGCCAGUUCUUCUGCUGACAAAGUUGUGAAAAUUUGGGGUGCUUAUGAUGGGAAGUUUGAAAAGACAAUCAGUGGGCAUAAACUGGGUAUUUCAGAUGUGGCCUGGUCCACAGACAGCAGGUUACUUGUUUCUGCCUCAGACGACAAAACGCUCAAAAUAUGGGACCUCGCCACAGGAAAAUGUUUGAAAACCUUAAAAGGACAUAGCAACUACGUGUUUUGCUGCAACUUUAACCCUCAGUCAAAUCUCAUUGUCUCUGGAUCGUUUGAUGAGAGUGUGAGAAUCUGGGAUGUUAAGACCGGAAAAUGUUUGAAGACAUUACCUGCUCACUCCGAUCCAGUCACAGCUGUUCAUUUCAACAGAGAUGGUUCACUGAUAGUCUCCAGCAGUUAUGAUGGCUUAUGUCGGAUAUGGGACACAGCAUCGGGUCAGUGCUUAAAAACACUUAUAGAUGAUGACAACCCUCCGGUUUCUUUUGUCAAAUUUUCACCAAAUGGAAAAUACAUCUUAGCAGCUACAUUGGACAACACACUGAAAUUAUGGGACUACAGUAAGGGAAAGUGCUUGAAGACGUACACAGGACAUAAAAAUGAAAAGUAUUGUAUCUUUGCAAAUUUCUCAGUGACAGGAGGAAAGUGGAUCGUUUCUGGAUCAGAAGACAACAUGGUGUACAUCUGGAAUUUACAAACAAAAGAAAUUGUGCAAAAGUUGCAAGGUCAUACAGAUGUUGUGCUUUGUUGUGCCUGCCAUCCCACAGAAAAUAUCAUUGCAUCAGCAGCUCUUGAAAAUGACAAGACAAUCAAACUGUGGAGAAGUGACGUGUAGAAAUAUGUCUUUCAUCAUUUGGCACAGACUUUUGUGUGGUGUUCACAGAAACCCUUCACUUACCCAAAAUGCACAAAACCUUGUGUGUUGACAGGCAAGCUUGCAAAUUCUGUGUUGACCUGUUCAGGUAAAAAGACAGAAAUGCCAUAAAACAAAAGUUUAUGGACAGCCUAACAACAACAACAACAACAUUGCAGCAUCUGUGUAAAAUAUCUGCCAUGGCUUGGGACAGUCCCUGUUCUUUUCCGGGAAAUACAAGAGCUCGGGAGAGUGCUGGUGACUUUGUAGGGUUGCUACAACAGGGUUGUAUGCUUAAUGCAGAAACGUUAUAUCUUCAGGUCAAAUCUGGGCUCUUGACAUUUUAAGAUGAUUUCAUUCAUCCAUUUCAAACUUACUGUCCAAGAGAUGCAGCGAUUUACCAGAUUAUUUUCUGACUGAAUGGUAGCAGUAUGCGCUAUUAUCAUCACUGAAGGGACCUUAUGGUGUGGUAAUAGAAUCUGUUGAAAUUUUCCAUUCAUUAUUAUCAACAGUGUUCAUCAGUAACGUCAGGUGUGUGAUACUAUGCCAGCUUUAUCCCAAUGAAAAAGUUGAUAAAAUGAAUUUUGCAUGUGUCAUCACUGCCUAGCUUGAAAGACAUGAUGGGUACCAGAAAAUUUCUAUUUCAUGGCUUUAAUAUAUAGUGUAUUAAUAAAACAGUUUUGCAUGCUAUAAGCUUAAGCGUUUAAACACAAAUUAGGUUAGAAAACUGCAUACAUUUUUUGCGAUAUAUAUGGAGAUAAUACGAUGCCAUCAAAACUUAAAUAAGUAUCCGACCUUAGGGCUGACCAUUUUACGAUCUGUCACUUAAGACCACUCGUACUCAAUGUUAUUGCCAACAGAUCAACCACACGGUUGUAUGUGUUCAACAUCACAAUCGUUUUUGGAGAGAAUGAAUCAAAAUAAAAUGGCUCUGACCUUCCAAGCAGCCUUCUAGGUAUAUGACUGUUCAU